GAGGAUUACAAGAACAGUUCCUGUUUUGUUUUGUUAGGAUUGCUUAAGCAAGUCGUUGUUAUAGGAAGGCAAAGGCCACUCUGUGGUGUGCACGGUUCCAUUUCUUGGAUGGAUAGGUUUGCUUUUCAGUUCCUUCCAGUUUUUGUCCCACCUUUGUUGGGUAUCUUUCUGGAUGUUUUGUGUUUUGUUUUGUUUUAAAGGAAAACAACAACCUCUCUCAUAUUCUUACUUCAAGUUGUCUUGAUGUUUUUGUGCCUCCUCCACACCUCACAGGGCUGGACUCUCUUAACCUCAGUUUGGUGAGUUCCUGUUACCCCAGUCUUAUUAAACUGUGCUGGUUCCCAGCCUUCUGCUAGGGCUAAAGGCUUCAGAGCUGAAGUCAGAGGCACUGCAACUUCCAACCCAUAGGAAGGAAGACCUUAUGGGCCAGCUCAGGGUGAGCGCUGGGAACGCCCCCAGGUCCCUUCUAGAGCCCUGUCAGUGUGUGUCUGCCCUGCCUGGCCCCACGGCAGCAGCUCGCAAGCAAUCUAAAUUGCUUUCCUGGAUUCCACUACUGGACUUGCCCCCUGAAGGCGCUGGAGGGAGCAGCUGCUCUGGCAAGCACCCCCUGCUAGGGCAGGUGAGGCACAGAAGCACCGAGAGCGACCGGAUAUUGUAGUGAAGAGGCCACUGUACGUACAGGCAGGAGACCCAAACAAGUCUGUCCUUGGUGCGAGUUGGGGGCCGGAAGGGAGCUCUGGAUUUCGGUCCCUCCCCUUUUCCCUGCUCUGUCUUGGAGCCCUGGGGCCAUCAGACCCUCCGACUGUCUGGUACUUGCCUGGAAGAGAUAUCAUCUCUCCUCCACACCCUCCACCAUGGACAAUUUUCUUAAUGACUCCAAGCUAAUGGAGGACUGCAAGAGUCGUCAGUGGCUCCUUUCGGGGGAAAGCCCAGCCAUCAGCUCGGUGAUGUUCUCGGCCGGGGUUCUGGGGAAUCUCAUCGCACUGGCACUGUUGGCGCGCCGCUGGCGUGGGGACACCGGGUGUAGCGCCGGCAGCAGGACCUCUAUCUCCUUGUUUCACGUGCUGGUAACGGAAUUGGUGCUCACUGACCUGCUGGGAACCUGCCUCAUCAGCCCGGUGGUGCUGGCUUCAUAUUCAAGAAACCAGACCCUGGUGGCCCUGGCUCCCGAAAGUCACGCGUGUACCUAUUUCGCUUUCACUAUGACCUUCUUUAGUCUGGCCACGAUGCUCAUGCUCUUCGCUAUGGCCCUGGAACGCUACCUCUCCAUCGGGUACCCUUACUUCUACAGGCGCCACUUAUCGCGCCGCGGGGGUCUGGCGGUGCUGCCUGUCAUCUAUGGGGCCUCCUUGCUCUUCUGUUCCCUGCCGCUGCUCAACUACGGGGAGUACGUCCAGUACUGUCCUGGGACAUGGUGCUUUAUCCGGCACGGGAGGACUGCAUACCUUCAGCUGUACGCCACGAUGCUCCUGCUGCUUAUCGUGGCUGUGCUCGCCUGCAACAUCAGCGUUAUCCUCAACCUCAUUCGCAUGCACCGUCGGAGCAGAAGAAGCCGCUGCGGAUUGUCUGGCAGUAGCCUAAGAGGCCCUGGAUCUCGCAGGAGAGGAGAGAGGACUUCGAUGGCAGAGGAGACGGACCACCUCAUUCUCCUGGCCAUUAUGACCAUCACCUUCGCCAUAUGCUCCUUGCCUUUCACAAUCUUUGCCUACAUGGAUGAAACCUCUUCCCUAAAGGAAAAGUGGGACCUCCGAGCUCUUCGGUUUUUAUCAGUUAACUCUAUAAUUGACCCUUGGGUCUUUGCCAUACUUAGGCCACCGGUCCUGAGGUUAAUGCGCUCAGUCCUCUGUUGUCGGACUUCACUGAGAACACAAGAAGCUCAGCAAACAUCCUGUUCUACCCAGUCCAGUGCCAGUAAACAGACUGACCUUUGUGGACAGUUGUGAGGAUGCGCUUCAUGAGGGAACCUCUGAAGAAGUCUUUAAAUGGCCUCAUUGGAGAAGUGUAAGGGGCUGGAAUAUAAACAGAAUAACCUUGCCCUGAGAAGCAGAUGAAACAGACUUUAUGAGGUAGUUUGGGCUGCAGAUGUGAUGACAGAGCCCUUUGUGGAAAGUGUCAGAGGAUAUAAAGUUCACAUUAUGUGACCUUUGAAGGACAAUCGGCUGCGUCUAAGACCCAGUUGAUUUAAGCUUUCCUGUUGAGUGACAAAGCAUGUGGUUUUGUAAUUUGUUUUAAAAUGCUACAUGGUUACUGUUUUAAUUUUGAUGUCACUGCUGUUAUAAAUGCAAUCAGACCAAAUGAAAUUCAUUCUCUAGGAAGUCAACUCAUGCAAGCGAUGAAGCAACCAGAGCAGACAAGUUGCUGUCUCGUGAUUGCUUAAUGGACUCUUUAUUUGGACCAUGAAGUUGAAUGCCAUUGGCCCCUUUUACUGUGCGCGUUCAUGUGGGAGUCCUCUCUGGUAACGAAAGGAUGCACUGAUUUGGUUAAUGCUAGUUAAUCCUUUAGGAGCUCUGUCAUGUUGUCAGAUUAUUUAUUCUGUCUUGUCUAUUGUGAUAAGGCUACUGAAGAAAACUUCAGAAAUUUGCGUCUCACAAAGGAAUAAUUAAAAAAAUCAAUUUUAAUUAGUGUUCUUCAGUUUUUUUAUAGAGGAAGAGUUUUCACAGUUGUAUCUGAGAUCAGAUUUUAGGAUCAAACUCUGAAAAUUCAAGUCUAUUUUUCAGGUUCUCUAGAAUCCUUCUAGUGUUGGUACUAGACAUAACUAACAUACACAUACACUACAAGAUGUUUGAUUGUGCCACGGCAAACGCUUUUGUCUGUAUUUUUAUUGAGGGAACAUAUUUUGAUUCAUACAACAGAAGAAAUCAUGUAACUGUGAGUCAUAUCUUAUAUUUCCAAACGUUUGGCAUGGUAUAAACUCAGCAUUAAAGUAUUCCAGUGAGCGUGUACAUUUAGUCAGUUAUAGUGUAAACACAUCUGAAAUGUUACAAGCUAAAUUAUAAAACAAAAAAGUAGAAGUCUUCAAUGAAUUAACUCCCCAAGGACAGUUUGCAGUUAAUGUAGACAUGGCAUCUUUUAGGUAAAAUAAAAGUUUUUAAAAAAUCAAAUAAUAUUUUGGCAAAUUUUUAAAAUGUACAGUUGUUAUAAAUUAAAAUUUUAAGAUAUCCAGUGGAGUUCUUGAUAUUGAAAGAGAGUUUUGCUAUCAGUUUUCACUCUUCUGACAUGGUCAUUAGAAUAAUAUAACCAUCGUAUUUGAGAGCAGAUAGAAUUGUAGGAUGGCUGUUAACUUUUUAAAUCUAGUUGUUUCUCAUGCUUCAUGUUUACCCAGAGCUGUUUUUUAUAGUUAGUUAUCAUUUAGAAAGACUCUGUGUAACUAAAUAUCUCUGAUACAAAUUAUGGGAGUCAAAGCAGCUCUUACUUUUACAAGAAUAUAUAAAUAAGUGGUUCGUGUUUGUAUAAAUUUAAGCAGAGCAGACAAAGUUUAAUUUAACUAAAAUCUAGGCAGGUAUAAAUAAAUGCCACCUCUUCACCCGGUGUUGCAUGCCAAGAAAUUACAUUCAGGGGGAGAAUGACACUGAAGCAGAAAUUUCUGGUUACUUUGCACCUGGAAUUUUGAUUCCUUUUAUCAGAUGUCGUUGUAAAAAUCUCAGAAUGAAAAAAAAUAUUAACUACAGCCUCUCAUUGCACCACACUGUGCCCCUGCACCCAUUGAGAACAAUGCCUGAGAUUUUUUAAAAUGGACAUAGUACCCUCAGGAGCAUAAAAUAUCAGAAC